UCGGCGGCAGCGCAAUACGCGAGCGCGCGCGUGAGAAGUUUCCCUUCGGAACCCCUCGCGAUUCCUCGAGCGCGUCUCCAGCCACCGUGACCGACCCCAUCCGCAAGAUGUCACCUUCACCAGCCCAUCACCACCAUCAUCAUCAUCACCACCAUCAGCGGCACCGUCACAAUCUCCUCCUCGCGUUGGCCGUCUGCCUGGUCACGCUGGCCACGCCGCCGCCAUGCUCAGCGCAGUUCCCCAGAGCGUGCACCUCCUCGGCGAACUUGGUGGCCAAGAUCUGCUGCCCUCCGUGGCCCGGCGACGGCUCUCCGUGCGGGGAGGCGACGGCGCGCGGCUCCUGCGAGCUCGUGGUGCCGUCCACGGAGCCGCACGGGCCGGGCUUUCCCUUCGCUGGCGUUGACGACCGCGAGCUGUGGCCCACGGCCUUCUACUCGCGGUUAUGUCGCUGCCGGGCCAACUACUGGGGCCACGACUGCGGCGAGUGCAGCUUCGGCUGGCGCGGCCCCGCGUGCACCGAGCGGCCGAGUGAGCCGAGCCUGAGACGCAACCUGAUGCUGCUGAGCGCCGGCGAGCGACGCAAAUUCUUCUCGUACAUCAACCUGGCCAAGGUGAGCGUCCACCCCGAGUUCCAGAUCGCCGCCGCCACCCUCGAGCAGAUGGGCAACGGGACGCGGCCGGCGUUCAGGGACGUCAGCGUCUUCGACCUGUUCGUGUGGAUGCACUACUACGCGUCGCGUGACGCGCUCCUCGUGGGCCCCGUGGGGCCCGUGGCGUGGCCCGGCGUGGACUUUGCGCACGAGGGGCCGGGGUUCGCGCCGUGGCACCGCGUCUUCCUGCUCAUGUGGGAGAGAGAGAUCCGCAAGCUGACGGGAGACGAGGAGUUCACGAUCCCCUACUGGGACUGGAGGGACGCGCAGGACUGCGAGGUCUGCACGGACGACUUCUUCGGGGGUCGGCAUCCGAGCGUCGCGGGCCGGCUCAGCCCCGCGUCCGUCUUCUCCGCGUGGCAGGUGAUCUGCACCCGGCCGGACGACUACAACCGCCGGGGCGUGCUGUGUGACGGCUCGCCCGAGGGCCCCGUGCUGCGAAACCCGGGGCGCCACGACCCGACGCGCAUCGCCUCGCUGCCCACGAGCGUCCACGUGGAGUCGUGCCUCGGCCUCGUCGACUUCGACACCGCGCCCUUCGACCGCGACGCGAACCGGAGCUUCAGGAACGCACUGGAAGGCUUCGCUGACCCGCUGACCGGCAUGGUGACCCCCUCGCGCCGCAGCAUGCACAACUCGCUGCACAUCUUCAUGAACGGCUCCAUGUCCUCGGUGCAGGGCUCCGCCAACGACCCCAUCUUCACGAUGCACCACACCUUCGUGGACAGUUUGUACGAGCGGUGGCUGCGGGCUCAUGGCGCGAACGCCUCCGCCUACCCGGCGCGCGGCUCACCCAUCGGCCAGAACGGCGGGGACUUCAUGGUGCCCUUCCUGCCGCUUGUCACCAACGCGGCCGCCUUCGUGCCCUCGAGGGAGCUGGGAUACGAGUACGAGUACUUGCAGCCAGGCGGCGAGGGCUCCUGGUUCACGCGCUUCCAGGCGCAGCUGCAGGAGCUGUGGCCGUGGGUGGUGGGCGCCCUGCUGCUGGGCGCCCUGCUCGCCUCCCUGCUGGGGCUGGGCGCGUGGCGCGCGUGCCGCCUCGGGGUCGAGUCCCGCCAGAGGCGACAGCGCCGCGGCUUUCUCGCCUGGGAGGGCGCCCAGGGCAAGGACGGGCAGGAGACCCGCAGGUUGCUGGAUGACGUCGAGCCCAACGGGGUGCCCGGCUCGUUCCAGACGACGUUCUAGCGGUGGUGCUCCUGGUGGUGGUGGUGGUGAUGGUGGUCAUAGUGGUGGUGGGGGUGUAAGAGUUGUAGGGCAGACAUGGACAGGAGGCACGGGGUCAUGAGUAGGAUGCUGCUGGUGGGAGUGGUGGUGAUCGUGUUGGUGAUGGUGGUGAUGGUGGUGAUGAUGAUGAUCAUGGUGGUGGUGUAAGAGUUGUAGGGCAGACAUGGGCAGGGGGCACGGGGUCAUGAGUAGGAUGCUGCUGGUGGGAGUGGUGCUGAUCGUG